AUGCUGCUGAGACAGUCUGAUUUUGGCUAUGGAGCUCACAUAUUCAAGGGCUCUAAGAGUCGGGCUGAGAAGGGGUGGGGCUCGUGGGGGGUUAGGGGUGUGCCCACGCGGGAGGAGGGACGAGCCCCUGGAGCGGCCGCGCGUCGACCUCAGCAGAACCGUGCCAGACUCCAUCGUUCCCGUGAGGGUGGCGCCACCUCCGCCUCCGAGGGGCUGCAGUCUGCUGCAAAUCCUGAGACUACAACCUCAACUGUCUCUAGAGAGGCCAGCACCCAGUCUUCAUCAGCUGUGACCAGCCAAGGCUAUGUUUUACCAGAAGGCAGAAUCAUGCCAAACACCAUUUUUGUUGGUGGAAUUGAUGUUAGGAUGGAUGAAACCGAAAUUAGAAGUUUCUUUGCUAGAUAUGGUUCAGUAAAAGAAGUGAAGAUAAUCACGGAUCGAACUGGUGUGUCCAAAGGCUAUGGAUUUGUUUCAUUUUAUAAUGACGUGGAUGUGCAGAAGAUAGUAGAAUCACAGAUAAAUUUCCAUGGUAAAAAGCUGAAACUGGGCCCUGCGAUCAGGAAACAAAAUUUAUGUACUUAUCAUGUGCAGCCACGUCCUUUGGUUUUUAAUCCUCCUCCUCCACCGCAGUUUCAGAGUGUCUGGAGUAAUCCAAACACUGAAACUUACAUGCAGCCUCCAACCGUGAUGAAUCCAAUAACUCAGUAUGUUCAGGCUUAUCCUCCUUAUCCAAGUUCACCAGUUCAGGUUAUCACCGGAUAUCAGCUGCCUGUUUAUAAUUAUCAGAUGCCACCGCAGUGGCCUGCUGGAGAACAGAGGAGUUACGUUAUACCUCCGGCUUACACAACUGUUAACUACCACUGUAAUGAUGUUGAUCCAGGAGCUGAAGUUUUGUCAAGUGAAUGCUCAGUUCAUGAAGCUACUACAUCCUCUGGAAAUGGCCCACAAAAGAAAUCUGUCGACCGAAGCAUACAGACGGUGGUAUCUUGCCUAUUUAAUCCAGAGAACAGACUGAGAAACUCCCUUGUUACUCAAGAUGACUACUUCAAGGACAAAAGAGUUCAUCAUUUUAGAAGAAGUCGGGCAGUGCUUAAGUCUGUUUGAUCCUCUCUGCUAACUUUCUGAUCUCAUGGGAAGUUGCAGGUUUUGAAUAUUAAGAGACUGAAAGUUUUUCCACUAUUAUAGAAAUUUAAUUCUGAAUUUUGAUAAGUCACACUCACUUUCUUUACAAGUUUUAUUAGAUUGCCUAGUUUUAUUUUACAGUGAAACUUUCAUUAGAUGUUUAUUUAGAAACUGGUUCUGUGUUGAAUAUAUAGUUAAAAGUAAAAAAAUAAUUGAGACUGGAAGGAAUUGCUUUAAGAUUUAUCUGUAAGGACUUUUUAAUUGACAUUUUAAGGGUUUAAAAGCAGAUGCUGACUUUUCAAAAAAAAUUGUUUUAGAAAACCUACUUCGAAAGGUCAGAAUUUUGAUAGUUUGAAUACAAGCAUUUCACUUUUCCAACAAAUAGCUGUGACAGUACAACAUCUACAAUAUUGUGCUUUACACUUAUGAUUUAUCCAGAAAUUUACCACAAAAGCAGAGUUUAAAACUGCAUAUUUAAUCAGUGGAACUUAGUAUAUAGUUAGCUUUGUUGAAGUUUUCUUUAUCUAAACUCAGUAAAACAGAUUCUAAACAAACAGUCCAAUCAGUGGGUCUUACAUGUAUUAGUUCAAAAUACUUUAUAUUUUAUCUAGAAUCCACACAUAGAGUUAUCUGAUUGGGAUGGUAAUUAGGAUAACUAAAAUUCCAGGCCUAACUUUUUUUUAAAGGAGCCAAAAACAAACUAAACUUUACUAGGUACGUAAGCUUUUCAGUCAGUUACCAUUCUCCUUUUUUUCUUUUUCAUUUUUUUCCCUUGAAAUGCUAAAAACUCAAUGGCUGUAUCUUAAAUUGUGCAAAAUACUGGUAUUAAAGACAAACUUUUUUUAUGUCACUUAAAGGUUAAUCAGAGUAUCUGAAAGGAAUUGUUUUUAUAAAAACAUUAAAAUAUUUGUUAUAUGUUAAAGGACAGAUUUUUACUUUUUAGCCUAUUAUAUUUCCUUUUUUAAAGUGAAAUAUGUCCAGGAGAGUCAAAGUAGUUUUGGCGUUUCUAAACCACAAAAGUUUUUCAGUAAGCAUAUCCCAAAACUAUACUAGAGUUAGCAUUAACAGUCUAUUUCUAGAUUAGCGAUUAGCUAGGCUCCUCUUAGAUGUUGUGUAUCGUGAUGAACAGCUAGAACCCCAGAGCCCCUUUGCCAAACCAGUCUUUCUGUUCCCGUCUGUACCACCAUUCUUCCAGGAGGUUUGCUCCUAGAACAGGCGAUGCAAAGAAGAGAAGUAGCAGUAUAAGCAGUUGGAGGGUUAAGCCUUGGAAAGGAAGCAGUGGGAUAAAACCUUUCUAAGGGAAACGCUUGUAUCAGCAUCUUUUGACCUGCCAUGGACAUGAGUUUCAUGGCUUCCUGGGUUUUCUUUCAUUGA